GUCUCAGAGACGCGGGGACUGACCGGGUGACUGACAACAAAGCGAGGAUAAGUGAAACUAAGUGGGUCUGACAUUUAGAAGUUGUAUGGCCCCUUUACCCUCCAACAUGAGCUCUGUUCAAGGACCGCUUUCCCAAGAAGGAGAGGGACAGAACCGCCAAAAAUCGGACACAGAGGAGCCGGAGAGCACCGACAGAGAAAGGAAAGGAUGUAAAAGCAAAGCGUUCAGUCUUCCGUUCAGCGUGGAGUCUCUAAUAUCGGACAGAGUGACUUCCAGGACGGCUUAUUCUGCAUCCAUAUCUCCUUCAGACGAGCGCUCUCAGCUCUCACCAGUGUCUCUCUAUACAGACAAAAAACUGCCACUGGAAAACUUAAAAAGAGAUGCAGAGGAACACAGUGAGAAAGGACAGACUGGAUGGUUUCAGACACCAACCUACACCUCUCCACCAAGACACUCAAGUCCGUCUACGUGUGCCCUUCGCAAACACAAGAACAACCGCAAACCGAGGACCCCGUUCACCACAUCUCAGCUGCUGGCGCUGGAGAGAAAGUUCCGGCAGAAGCAGUACCUCUCCAUCGCAGAGAGAGCCGAGUUCUCCAAUUCACUCAAUCUGACAGAGACUCAGGUGAAGAUAUGGUUCCAAAACAGAAGAGCAAAAGCAAAGAGACUGCAAGAAGCGGAGUUAGAGAAACUGAAACUGGCCUCAAAGCCUCUGUUACCAACCUUCGCUUUUCCUUUUCCGCUUGGAGCGCACAUAGGUUCGGCUGGUCUGUACGGGGCCUCUGGUUCCUUCCCGCGGCCCUCACUGCCCGUGCCUGGACUGUUCGGUGGACCUGUCACCUACGGGAUGUACUAUCUCUCUUAAACCGGUUGUGUUCAUUGUAUUUAAACACAUAAAGACUUUUGGUUUUUGCCAAGACAAGUAGGACUAAUUACCCGACUUACUCUCUUUUAAAUGUAAAUUGGCGUGAGGCUCCUCACAAUUUAUUCCAUGGGCCACAUACCCUAAUUAUAAUGUAGUGCAAUGUUUUCUCAUAACAAACAACUUGUUGCUGUUUAAAGCUGAUUAAAACAGCAAACAAACCGAAAUCAUUCCUGGAUUGAUUUCUACCCAAAUGAUGGUACACGUUAAUGGAGAACACUGGAAAACAAUGACUUUGAAUUUCCCUCAUUUAAACGUUGCACAUUUCUCAGUGUACUUGUAACAUUUAAGUUACACUUAAAUUCCUCUUUGGCGAUAAAAAUGGGCCCUUAAUUUGGAAACAGACACUUAAUAAUUUUACUUUGUUUGACAUGGUACCAGAGCUCUUAAUUAGGUCUGUUCACAAAUAAAUAAUACAUGAUAUAUUUUUAGGCAUUAAUUUAAGUGCUUUGUUUGUUAAAAUAUAAAAUAAAUCAGCAUUUAUACAACUAAGCUUCACACACAAGUCCUCCUCAAAAUGUGCGCAAUUUUUUACUGUGAACAGUAAAAAUAGUUGAAAACUUUUAGUACUGUAACGAUUGUGCAUAAUUCAUUAUUUAAAAUAUGGGUGUUAUUUAAAAAUUCAGUUAAGAAACUACAUUAUAAAAAGUGUAAUUCAUAAAGGCCCCAAAAUCUGUGCAAACUUUUAGAAUCCACAUUGGGCACCCACAUUUGGUAUCAUUGUAUAUUAAGAAAAACAAUAAACAUUUAAAAUUUAAUGAAGUAACAAAACUGUGAAAAAGCCCAAAAUGUGUUAUAAUCGUGUAUGUUUGCAGUGAGUCUCACUAUCUGCACUUUGCGCUGUUUGUAACCCAGCUUUCUCAGAGCGGCUGGUUUAACAGAUGUGCUAUAACGCUUCACUGACGUGCAUCCAACCAACAAUGAGUGAGCUUUUUAUUGGUUUAGCCAUGAUCCCCUUACAAUACAAUUUCUUUUCCUAAAGUAAAAUAGAUUGUAAAAUUAAUCUGUAGAUUUUUCUUAUAAUUGUAAAUAAGCCUAUAAGCAUACAGAUAUUUUCAACCAUCUAAAAUUACAAAUAGAAAUGCUGGUAUAUAUUUAUAUACUGUGUUUACAUUUACCCCUUGUAAAUUAUUGUAUAUAUCUGUACAUAAUCAUAGAAGAAUAAUCUUUUGUAUUAAAAAUACAUUUUAAACAA